AUGGCUCUCGGCACCUUUGCGCUCUCUACAGGAAGCAAGAUGGAGAUUCGAACCCAGGCCCCGGGCUGCUUCUCAAAGGGCCUCAUGUUCUCAGAGUGUGUAGAGAGGAAGGUUUGUCAUCUCUGCCCAACAUGCAAACUCAAGCGUCCUCCAUUCCUUCCCACAGCCUUGCUUCUGGCCUUCUGGCUGCCUCAAGGCGCCCUGGCAGCUCUCCGUAUCCAGAUGGUUCCAGAGCAGCCUCAAAAGAACCAGGACCUUCUCCUGUCGCUCCACGGUGUCCCCGGCACUGUGCAGGACUUUAUCUGGUACCUGGGGGAGGAGGCUUAUGGAGGCACAAGGCUGUUUUCUUACAUCCCUGGCCUACCGCGGCCUCAGAGGGAUGGCGUUGCCAUGGGGCAGCGAGACAUCGUUGGGUUCCCCAACGGCUCCAUGCUGCUUCGAGGCGCCCAGCCUUCAGACAGCGGCACCUACCAAGUGGCUGUCACCGUGAACCCCGCCUGGACACUGAAGGCCAAGGCUGAAGUCCGGGUGGCUGAUGCGCGCCAGUUCUCAGCCACUGGACACCUGCCCCUCAAUGCCGGGAUCAUGGCAGCUACCAUCAUUGGAAGUCUUGUUAUGGGGUCGCUGCUUGUCAGUGGCAUUGCCUACCUCCUGGUCACUCGAAGCCGGAAGGACCAGAGGAGCCUCAGGAGUCCAGCUACACAGAAGCCAGACAUGAACACCAGCCCUGAAUCAGGUGACAGUAACAUCUACGAAGUGAUGCCAUGUCCAGUCUACCUGAUGUCCCCCGUAGGUGACAUGGGGCCAGUGAACCCAGCCAUGAGCCAGCCUCCACCUGCAUCCCAGGAGAACCAGCCCUACCAGGACCUACUAAACCCCGACCCGGCCCCAUACUGCCAGCUGGUGCCAACUUCCUGAUGGCCUCUGGACCC